UAUCAACAAACCUUGCACUACGAACGGUCCACAAGUUGUAGACACAACACUUUCGUCUUAUAAUAGUUAAAAGUGUUAAUAUUAUACGAUAGUUCUUUACACUUCUGGUUUCAGCGAUUGGAAUUUGGAUGUUGUUGUUACAAAAUAGAAAAAAUUAAAAAUUAUACUAUGUCCAUUACUGUUACAUCUAUUCUGUGCUUCAGCCAUCUGUAAGUCUUGACGAGGUUUGACAAGAUGUAAAUUUCCUCAAUCUGGUCGGUUUCAACACUUUGAACAACUGAAACAAGCAACGAUCCAUCAAAAUCAGUGUUUAACCUAUUGCAUCGUACAGCUUACACGGACAAUUGUAUUUAUGAGGACGUUUCAUUUUCCAACCAUGUCCAUAUCACUGUGGUCGAUACUGAAUAGAUUUAACACCGAUAAAUCUGCAUCGUACAGCCGCCUAUCGACUGGCACUGGACACUUUCGUAUCACUGUUUGGGACCCCGUGUUGAUUGUUGCUCAAAUAGUGUCUGUCCAAUGUCUUUACUACUUCACCAUGUGUGUUUGGAUCACUAUUAUCAGCUAUGUGGUUGGCACUUCAAGAUCAUUGGAUAUCAUAUUUGAAUUUAAAGAAUUGAGUAAGGUUAACAGUGAAAAAUUUGUUAUUGCUGUUUUUGCAUUGAAUGCACUUAGUGGGGCUACAUUCAUUUGGCGUGUUGUUGAACGAUAUCGAUUGUGUUUAGAUUUUUCUUGUACAAUACACACCAUACACUUGGCAGCUUGUAUGUGGUAUAACAGGACACUGCCUACUCCAUAUUGGUGGUUACUAAAUGCUUCGUGUGCAGCAAUCACUUGUAUAUGCGCUGAAUUUCUGUGCAUGCGGACAGAAUUAAACACUAUACCUGUAAAUAGUGGACAAACGCCAAAAGUUGAUUUGUAAAUAUUGAUUUUUAAAUAACUAAAAACGCUUAGGAUAAAUUUAAAAAAUAUUAACAUGUUAUUUAUUGCAAAGUCA